AUGGAUAGAAUAUCGAGUAUGCCAUCAAUAUGUGAGCAUCCAGAUUACGACGAGGUAGAGGAAGUGGAUGGAGGUUUGAAAUCGUACGAGGCGUUCCACGACAUCAGGGAGAUCCAAGCCAUUGAUGUUGAGUUGGAUGGGCUGGCACUGGAACCUCUACAGCACCAUUCCCACCAAGACAUGUCAAAAUACCUUUCUAGCAUGGAUGAAAAACAAUGCGAAGAAGAAAGUCAAGAAAUAAAAGAUCAAACUGAAUUUAGAAGAGUGCCAAACAUCAACGUACUUGGAAACACAAUCACCGUCAAGAAACGAGUGGGCAGGUACAUACCGCCCCCUGUUGAACAUCACCUUUCCUUGAGGAAGAAAACCUGUGUUGUCAAAAUCGACAAUUGCCAUUUCACUAUAGAUGUCCAUGUUGAAAGUCAUCAACAGAUAGCACCGUUGAGACUAAUUAUUUCUUCAAAUGGAAUUUCUUAA